ACCUGUGUAGGAAAUAUAUCUUGUUUGAGGAAAAUUACUUAUUACCAUGAAAAUGUUUUUUUUUAUUGUCCCCAGGAGACUUUAGUGAAUUUGGCUGGACUGCUGGUCAGCUUGGCCAUCAUCCCGCUCGUUACUAAUAAUCCCAUACUGACACUCAGCCUCUUCUUCCUCUUCACCAUCCUCCACCUCUUUGCCAAUUACAAGGCUGUGCGUUCAGUUGUCAUGGAAACCUUCAAUGAGGCGCGGCUUUCAAUCGUGUUGCAGCAAUACCUGAAAGACAAGCAAGUCCUGACUCCGCAAGAGGCCAAUCAAAGAGAGCCUGUUUUCUUUGAGUUUACAAAAAUGAUGCCAGUAAAACUUGGUGUGAGACUGCAGGAGAUUGUGCAAAGCCCAGAGGAACUUCAGUUGGCCUUAAAGAAAAACAACAUGCCGUUCCUGAUGGGAGUGCGCAAUGGGCGUGUGUGUGUUUGUUUGGGGCCAGAAGCAUCAGUGCAUGAUGAAAUCAGAGCCAUGUGCCAGGCGGCAUGGAUCAGCAGCACGUUGAGCUCUCACACACAACAGGGAAAACAAGGUCACUGGGAAACUGUGCACGAGAGUCACACACUGAUGGACACAAUUUUCAGUCCAUUUCUCAAAGGUGUGGAAGCUGCAGGAUGGGACACAAAACGAACUCUGCUGGACUGGGAUGAAUGGAGGGUCGAAUGGAAAUCCAAAAGGAACUGAGCUGUUUCAUUAAUUGAAAUGUAUUCUUGGAUUUUUUUUUAUUUUCUUUAUUUCAAUCUUCAAAUAUAUGGUGUGUCUAUAUUUUGUAAUGUUUUUUUUGUAAUGUUAUUUUGUUAUCAAUG